AUGCUCCCUGUUAUAUUGUGUAUUGUUUUAGUGUGUGGCUAUGUAUACCUAAAGCAAACUUAUUUUACAUUACGUCCAGAACUACCAGGUCUUUCACCGCAUUUUCUAUUUGGAAAUCUCAUUCAAACAGGAAUCCUCAGCGGUCGUGUAUCUCUACCAGAAGCUCUCGCAGCAUUCAAAAAGCGUUACGGGGAUAUAUAUCAGUUUUGGUUGGGUCCAUCAUAUAAUAUUAUUGUCAAUGACAUUACUGAUGUUCAACACAUCUUUUGCCAUCGAAAUAUCUAUGAUCAAGGCGACUUUUUUAUCGAGAAAGCGAGUGUUCUCUUUCCGGAUGGUCUCAUUUGUACUAAAGGUUAUUUUUUGCCUUGCUGCUGUUUCAGUUCUUUUUGUUCAGAGAAAAAUCCCGUUAUGUUCAUUCUAGGUGUACAAGUCAAGCGUCAUGCAGCUGUCACAUAUCCGUUGUUCCGCCGAGGUAAAUUUACUCCUAAUUUAGAUUUAAUUAUAGAAUGUGUUGAUCAGCUCUUGGCAAAAUGGCGUGAAAGACCCGAAGGGCAAGUACAUACGGACAUUUUUCAGCAAUUUCACAAACUUAUGCUAGCAAUAUUUGGUUUUAUUGCAUUUGAUUAUGAUUUACAAACUUUGGAUGAAGAUCAUAAAACAGGUUCAAACGAACUUGCCGAAGCAUUAGAAGUCAUUAACAAUGCCUUUCAAUUAGUGACUUACGCUCCUCGUUGGUUAUCAAUUCUCUAUCUGAAAUUGAGUAGUCGUCAUCAACGUGCUAAAAAGCUUGUCCAGCAAUAUCUUUAA